UGACCAAAAGGAUAAAAAAAAUCGGACACAACCGAGAGCUGGUCUCCCCCGCCACCAGCCGAGACGGGGAACUGCGGCGGCGGCGGGAUUCAGACAACAAGUCGUUCUUCAUCGAUGAACUUGUCAAAAUUUUCAGAUAAGAACCCAAAAAUGUCGAGCAACAAUGUCGUAUCAUUCGACAGGCUGAGAAUCAAGAUGUUAUCUCCGAGGGCUUCGUCCUCUGGUUUUCAUCUUGUCGCUCUGCUCUUCUGCUGCUUCUUAUUCCUCGCUCCGAUCUCUGCUCAAGACGUCAUCACUGACCCUGUUGAAGCGAGGGCGUUGCGAGGGAUAAGAAGUAGUUUGAGCGAUCCUUUCCAGAAAUUGAGGAACUGGGGACGCGGGGACCCGUGCACGUCCAAUUGGACAGGCGUUCUCUGUUUCAAUUCUACUAUGGAUGAUGGUUACCUUCAUGUCCGAGAAUUGCAACUACUCAACAUGAAUCUCUCAGGGAACUUGUCCCCGGAGCUUGGUCGGCUGUCUCGCUUAAGAAUCUUGGAUUUCAUGUGGAACAUGCUAACCGGAAAUAUACCUAAGGAAAUCGGAAAUCUCACCUCCUUGGAACUCUUGCUCUUGAAUGGUAACCAAUUAACAGGGUCUCUGCCCGAUGAGCUCGGCUAUCUCCCACAGCUGGACAGAAUCCAGAUCGAUGAAAACCGUAUAUCAGGACCGAUACCCAGUUCUUUUGGAAAUUUAAACAAGACUAAGCAUUUUCACAUGAAUAACAAUUCGCUCAGUGGGCAAAUACCGCCAGAGCUUGGCAGGUUGCCAUCACUUGUUCACCUCCUUCUUGACAACAAUAAUUUAUCAGGCUAUCUUCCUCCCCAGUUAUCCGAAAUGCCAAAUUUGCUCAUCGUACAACUUGAUAACAACCACUUUGAUGGGGCUACCAUUCCACCUUCUUACGGAAACAUGUCUAAACUUCUGAAGCUAAGCCUUAGAAACUGCAGCUUGCAAGGACCAAUGCCUGAUCUAAGCAGGAUCCCACACCUUGGUUAUUUGGAUCUUAGCCAGAAUCAGUUAAAUGGAUCCAUACCUACAGGGAAACUUUCCGACAACAUCACAACAAUCAAUCUGUCCAACAACAGUCUAACUGGAAUGAUCCCAGUAAAUUUUUCAGGUCUUCCACGCCUUCAAAGAUUGUCACUUGCAGAUAAUGCCUUGAAUGGUUCCAUUCCCUCUGAUAUUUGGCAGGACAGAGUUUUGAACUCAAAUGAGAGCCUUGUUGUGGAUCUGCGGAAUAACGGGUUUUCAAAUAUUUCCGGCAGCUUUAAUCUCCCUCCAAAUGUGACUGUCUGGCUCCAAGGCAAUCCAUUGUGCCCAUCUGCAAAUCUGCUCCAAUUCUGUGGACCUCGACCCGAGGGAGAUGAUACAAUGGCUUCAACAACAAAUCUUACUGGGGCUUGUCCACCUUUUGGAUGCCCACCUCCUUAUGAAUAUUCUCCCGAGCUCCGUGAACUCUGCUUUUGUGCCGCUCCUCUUCUCGUUGGAUACCGGUUGAAAAGUCCCGGUUUCUCGGAUUUUCUUCCUUACGUCGACGAGUUUGAGGAAUACUUGACCUCGGGUCUCAAGUUGAAUCUGUAUCAGCUUCACCUUGAUUCAUUCCAAUGGCAGAAAGGGCCCAGGCUUCGGAUGUACCUCAAGCUCUUUCCCGUAGUUCCUGCUACCACCAACGGCUCUCGGGAAUUCAAUGCUAGCGAGGUUCGGAGAAUCAGGUCGAUGUUCACGGGAUGGAAUAUCCCGGACAGGGACUUGUUCGGUCCUUACGAGCUUCUCAACUUCACCUUGUCAGAUAUCUACCGAGAUGUGUUUCCAGCUUCAAGAUCCGGCGUAAGUAAGGGCGUGGUGGUGGGAAUAGUUCUCGGCGCGGUUGCAGCCGCUGUCAUUAUAACCGCUGUUAUCUCCCUCGUCAUUAUGAAGAUGCGUAUGAAAGGAUAUAUCGCGGUUUCUAGGAGGAAGAGAUCUUCUCGGGCUCCGAUUAAAGUGGAAGGGGUGAGGAGCUUCACUUACGGGGAGCUGGCUCAGGCUACGGACAGUUUCGACAGUUGCGCUGUUAUCGGGCAAGGAGGUUACGGAAAGGUCUACAAAGGCAUCCUCGGGGAUGGAGCGGUUGUCGCCAUCAAGAGAGCAACAGAGGGAUCAUUGCAAGGGGAGAGGGAGUUUCUUACAGAGAUCCAGCUUUUGUCGAGGCUACAUCAUCGGAACCUUGUCUCUCUGCUCGGAUUCUGCGACGAAGAAGGCGAACAGAUGCUGGUUUACGAGUUCAUGCCAAAUGGUACCCUGCGAGAUAACAUUUCUGGUAGAUCAGGAGAAUCUCUGAGCUUUGCGACGAGGAUGAGGAUAGCUUUAGGUUCGGCAAAGGGAAUUAUGUAUCUGCAUACGGAAGCUGAUCCGCCGAUAUUUCACCGCGAUAUCAAAGCCAGCAACAUAUUGUUAGACUCCAAAUUGGUCGCAAAGGUUGCGGAUUUCGGAUUGUCAAGACUUGCUCCGGUUCCUGACAUGGAAGGCGUUGCUCCGGAUCAUGUUUCCACAGUCGUAAAGGGGACUCCGGGUUAUCUAGACCCAGAAUAUUUCCUGACUCGUAAAUUGACGGACAAAAGCGAUGUGUACAGUCUCGGCGUCGUGUUCUUGGAACUCUUGACUGGAAUGCAUGCAAUCUCACACGGCAAGAACAUCGUUCGAGAGGUCAAGACUGCGUAUCAAUCCGGGACGAUACUGUCGGUGGUGGAUAAGCGAAUGGGGUCCUGCCCGGCCGAGUGCGUGGAGAAGUUUGCGACCUUGGCACUGAGAUGUUGCAGAGUGGAGACGGAGACAAGGCCUUCGAUGGUUGAAGUGGUGAGAGAACUCGAGGGUAUAUGGAAUCUGAUGCCUGAAUCUCAGGUUGUCAGGACUGCAGAUUCCUCCGAGAUGAUGACGUCAUCAUCGUCGAUGACGAUGACGAGUUCGUCGAUCACAUCAGCGACAAAGAAUCCGUAUUUAUCGAUGGAUGUAUCCGGCAGUGAUCUUGUAAGCGGAGUCACUCCCUCCAUAGAACCAAGGUAGAGGGUAAGCCAUAUACUGCAUAGGGAUGU